GACCCAAAUGUAUAAAAGUCGUCAGCGAGUGUGAACUUCAAUCGGGACUUCAAUUGCCCUUAAUUUAAGGGUAGUUUACUGUUUGAAUCUGGUGGAAGUGGUACAACUGUGAAUUUUGAGAUACAGCCUCACUUGCUUCUUUUCCAGAAUCUGCGUACUCUGUCACCAUGAGUUUUGGGGAACCGCUGACAACUUUGUUGGUUGUUUUAUUGAGCGUCCUGCUUCUGGUGAGAUACUUUCGGAACAACCAGCGGCAGAAAGGCAGGCUUCCCCCGGGUCCUCCUGCCCUCCCGAUCGUCGGCAACCUGUUCCAACUGGAUUUCAAAGCACCCCACAAAUCCCUCAUCAAGCUGAGUGAGCAGUAUGGCCCCGUGUUCACCUUCUGGUUCGGCAGCUUCCCUGCGGUGGUGGUGUGUGGUGCCAAAGCGAUGAGAGAGGCCCUGAUUGACCACGGGAAUGACUUCAGUGGCCGAUAUCUCUUACCUGCCAUCAAAAAAGUCUCAGACGGCUAUGGAAUUAACUUCAGCAGUGGCGAGAGAUGGAAGCAGCUUCGGAGAUUCACUCUCAGCACCUUGAGGAAUUUUGGAAUGGGGAAAAAGAGCGGUGAGGAGAGGAUUCAGGAAGAAGCCCAGUUUCUGGUCACAAGCUUCAGGGAUAAGAAAGAUGAACCUUUCAACCCAAACUUCCUCCUGCGAUGCGCAACGUCAAACAUCAUCUGUUCCAUCACCUUUGGAAAACGAUUUGAUUAUGAAGAUAAACAAUUCCUCUGGCUGACAGAGAUGGUUGCAGAAAAUGCCCGCAGUUUGACUAGCCCUUGGAUACAGUUGUACAACGCCUUCCCGAGGAUCAUGGAUUUCCUGCCUGGAUCUCACCGAAAGUUCUUCCAAAAUAUUAAAAACUUGAGAAAUUUUCUGGCCAAAACUAUUCAAAGCCACGAAGAAACUGUCCAGAAAGACUCCCCCAGGGAUUACAUCGACUGCUUCCUCACAAAGAUGGAUGAGGACAAAGAUGAGCUUAACUCCGAAUUCUUUUACGAGAACUUGUUGGUGUCGAUACAGAGCUUGUUUCUGGCUGGAACUGAAACAACCAGUACAACCCUGUGCUGGGCUCUUCAAAUUCUGGCAAAGUAUCCGGAAGUUCAAGAGAAGAUUCAUAAUGAGAUUGAUGAUGUGAUUGGUUCUCAUCGAAGACCUGCAGUUGAGGAUCGAGUGAAGAUGCCGUACACUGACGCGGUCAUCCACGAGGUCCAGCGAUAUAUCGACAUCGCUCCCAUGAGCCUUCCACACAUGGCAACAAGUGAUGUGAACUUCCGAGGAUAUUUGAUACCCAAGGGUAUGCUUGUGAUCCCCGUUCUUUCGUCUGUUCUGAAAGACAACAGCCUCUGGGAUUCACCAGAAUCAUUUAAAGCAAGCCAUUUCCUUGAUGAAAAUGGAUGUUUCAAAAAGAAUGAAAAUUUUGUGGCAUUCUCAUCAGGCAAAAGAAUGUGCCUGGGAGAAUCUUUGGCUCGCACGGAACUCUUCCUUUUUUUGACCACUCUCCUGCAGAACUUUGUCUUCAAGCCUGUCAUCGAUCACAAGGAUAUCGACAUCUCACCAGAUGCAACUGGAAUUCUGGUUGUACCCCAUGUGUAUGAAUUCUAUGCUGUCCCUCGCUAAAUCACCUUGAAUUUUAGUAGUUGAUGAUAAAAAUUAUUUAGGUACUUCUCUAUCUUUAACAUCACAAAAUUUGGUUAUUUUCCAUUUACUCAUUUGCACUGUCGUCCACCAUGCCAGUCCAUGGCCACCUCAUGUCAAAGUGAGACCAUCCUCAGGUUGGAGCAACAGCUUAUAUUCCAACUGAGUAGCCUCCAACCUGACGGCAUCUCCUUUUGCUAAAAAAAAGUCCCCUUUUCCUCUUCUUCUAUUCUAUUCCUCACACUCGCUUCUUAACUCUUCUCACCUAUCUUAUCACCUCCUCUUCCCCUUUCUACCAUGGUCCACUCUCCUUUCCUAUCAGAUUCCUUCCUACCCACCCGGCUUCGCCUAUCAAUUUUGAGCUAUCGUUCUUCCGCACCCCCUCUUCACAUUCUGACAUCUUCCCUCUUCCGUUCCAGACCUGAAGGAGGGCCGCAGUCUGAAAUGACGACUGUUUAUUCAUUUCCACGUUGAUCACAUUUCCUAUGUGACAUGUUGAUUUCCUCUGGCAUUUUGUAUCCAUUGAUUUGGAUUUCAAGCAUCUACAGAAUCUCUCAUGUUUAUUAUUAUCCACAACUAGUGCCUUUUUGACAGUGAUUAUUAGUUAUAAAUAUAGUCAACAAAAAUAUACAAACAUUUUGGGUGGAUGGGGCUCAUCAGCUGUGGUUGACAACUCAUCUGGGAGAAGAAAAGCACGACCUCAAACCCCUGCUGCCUUGCAGCUAUACCCACUCAUGGGGAAUCCUUCAUGAGCAAACAUCCACCCCCCCACCCCAAAUCCAGUGCUGGAGUCCACAGGCAGUCCUAUGUUACUACUGGAAGCAGAAUUCACAUGUUUUAACCCUUUGGUUCAAUUCCUCUGUUGCCUCUGCAUCCUCUGUAGCUGGAAGUCAAGUCGUCAUUACUUCAGAGAAGAGUGGGAUUCUUUGUCACACACCCAGUGAGUGCAGCUCUAAUACUGAAGAGGUUUGACCCCCAUCUUUAGAAGACUAUUUGGCUUGCAGCUCAGCUGAAUAUCUGGGUGCUUGAAGCCAGAGAAUAUGUGCAGAAGUAGAGAGAGGAUAGGCCACUAAGUUUGGGAACCUGGGUGCAUGUGGUGGUGAAACAGACCAUAAGAUGAAGGAGCAGAAUUAGGCCUUUUGGCCUGUUAAGUCUGCUCCACUAUUUCACCAUGGCCCAUCCAUUUCCCCCUCGGCUGCUCAACAUAUGUCAGUUCACUUGGCGACAGAGCCGGUGAAGCAGCACACACAAGUGUCCCAGAGUCAGCAAUCCCAGACUGAGUGUUGAAAUGGCUCUGGUCAGUAAACAGAGGUUGACAUCCUCAGGAACAUUAAUGUGUAGCACAACAGCAUAAUGCUAUUACUGCACCAGUGACCUGCUUCAUUUCCCACUGCUGUCUGCAGGGAGUUUGGACAUUCUCCCUGUCGUCACAUGACUUUCCUCCAGGUACUCUGGUUUCCUCCCACAAACCAAAGACAUACAGGUUAGGCUUCGUGAGGUGUGGGUGUUAGCUCAUCCACUGAUUGCUAUGGUCAUUGAGGCAAACAACAUAUUUCACUCUGCUUCGAUGUAAAUGUGGCAAAAAAAAAUCAAAUCUUUAAUCCGCCAAUGUGGCCCCGAUUUGGGGAAUCUAUAUUAUAUUAAACAAAUCUUAUAUGUUGUAUCAGUUAUUCAGAAAUCAAAGGAUAUGUUGAAACCACUGGGUUAUUAUAAAAAUCUCACAUUGUGAUCAUCAUACUGUUGAUUAUCUGUAUAUUGAAUUUGUGGUUAUAAUAUUCUUUAUUAAAUAUUCUUUAAAUACAUUUCACACUCAAAAAGAUCAUACGUUUCUAUUUGGUCACACAGAAAUAACAUCAAUUUAGUAUCAGAGUGUAUACAGUAUACAACCUGAAAUUCUUACUCUUCACAGACAUCCACAAAACAGAAAAACGCAAAGAAUGAAUGACAGAAAACAUUAGAACCCCAAAGCCUCCCUCCCCCUAACAAGCAGCAGCAAAAUCAUCAACCCUCCCCUUCCCCCCACUUGCCCCAGCAAAGGCAUCAACCCACCCCCCCCACCACCACCACCACGCAAGCAUCAGCAAAUCUUGCAGAGACCAUCAUCGACAGUCCAUCAAAACUACCGUCCAUUCCAACACUUCAGCAUCUCAGACAUGGUGAUGGUAAACCAGGUUAAAUUUUAAUAAAGUCGAGACUUGUAUUUACUGAUUACACUAAAUAAAUAAAAGCUAACUUGUCAAUAUUCAUGACCACAAGCAUUAAUUUAUAUUACAGUCAGUACAUAUGAUAAGCAAUUUCUUACACUAAUUUAUUAAACCAUGCCAGACUAGUUGGUGUGUAUUUCAGGACAGCCUAUUGUACACAGUAACAUUGCUUACUGACUGACUGCCCAUUACACCGCCAGCAUUUAGAGCAGCAAUGAAGCUCCUCCAUCUCCGGUGGUGUUCGGGGCUUCCUUCAUCAUGUCAGUCACUCCCCGUCCCUGUGGUUUCCACUAGUGUCAGUCACGAAAGCCCUGGUGGAGACUUGGGUAUUCUGUCACACUCACAUGCAGAGGGAUUCUUCAUGCUGUUUCCAUAACAAUUUUGUUUGACCAGUCAGGGUUGUUCACCCUGAGCUGAACUCCCUGAACCUGGAGUACUGGUGGACCACUCUGAAUCUGGCCUCUAUUCUUUGACAUGGGUGACCCUACCAACAGCCAAAUCAUAAAGCCCUGAGUCCAGCCAACAUAGCUCUCCGGGUCAUCGAGGCACGCAAGCCUCAAACCACAACAAGGUCGUGGCCCUCUUCGAGGAGAGUAAUAUUUAAGGACCGGGUAUUUAAAUUUAUCCUGUAAUCUGUAAAACUCAGAAGACUAUGACGAUAUAACAGGCAAGGUAUAUGCAUGUGUAAUGGUAGCAUUUGUGGUGAGCACAACACUAUUACCUCGCUAGCGAUCUGGGUUCAAUUCCUGACACUGCAAGCAGUUUGUACGUUCUCCCCAUGACUGCGUGGGUUUCCUCCAGGUGCUCCAGUUUCCACUCACAAUCCAGAUAUAUGGGUUAGUAGGUUAAUUGGUCACGUGUGAAUAAUUGGGUGGCACGGCCUUGUUGGGCUGGAAGGGCCUAUUAUUAAGCUGUAUCUCUAAAUAAAUAAAUGUGUGGAAUUUACUUACAUAUUUCCUGAGGUUGAAUGUCGGUCUGGCAGACCAGCGAGAAUAAAGGCUGGUGGCCCCCACCCUAAGGUAAAAGUAGAGAAGAUGGGGGUGAGUAGGUAGGGAUGCCUCACUUGGCACAAUCUCCUCAGGAAGUGAGGUAUUACUGUUCCUUCUUAUUUAAGGAGGUGAUACAGAGGGACGAGGUGUUCUGUUUAUUCUGAUUGUUGAUAGUCGUUUCCAACAUGAUUGAUUAGUUUAGAAACUGCAGCUGCUUUUCCCAUUGAUUAGAUGCCUGGUGUUGAAUUUCAAAUAUCCCAGGCAUAUAUACUAGAGAACACGUGUGGUAGGUUCGAGCUCUCUUUUGUUUAAGGCAAGUGGUGUACAUGGCCACUGGGAAGGUAUGCUCUGAGCACACUGUUAACUAAGUAUGUUUGUAGAAUAUUCAGCUUUGUAGUGUCUGUAACUUGGGGUACAUGAAUGUGUGGUCAAAUGUUUACUGUUCACGAAUAAAUGAUUAAUCUACUCAUUUGAA